CAUCGCCAGAAUGAAAUCUCAACAACUCAGCUGGCACGAUAACCAUCACGCUAUUUCAAAUCAACGCCUGCUUUCACCAAGGAGCCAUGAUUUGGGCGGGUUCCUCUCUAUCUUGGCAUCACUGAUUUCCAGCUAUCCUCAAUUAUUGUCCUCCUCGCAGCCACAGCAAGAAUGAGCCAGAAAAGCUUAUCUCAGUACCAGUUCCCGCCAGCUUCUGGUGUUCCUCCGCCAUCACCCCAGACCGCUCGAACCCUCCGUAGAUACCAAUCCCAUCAAAGUCUCUCUUCACAUUCCCCAACAUUCCCUCCUCAACCCCGCCCGACUCUCCAGCGCAACGCCGCCAGCCACCGGGAGCGUACAGAAGAACAUGCGGGCUACCAAAAUGUGCUGCAACCUGUAUCAGCGACGACCCGUACUCGAGCUCGAACUCGAUCCAAUAGUGAUGUCACCGCUAAUAGCAUCACCGCUAUACAGCAACAGCCUCAACACGGACAUCAAUACCAACCUCAUAAACGGCCUACUAGCGGAAGAAAAUCCGGUUCAUUAGGGCUCCAGGGGAAAAAGUCCGGUUUGGAUGCAUUGCUAAGGGAUGGCCCUCCCGGGGGUAACAUUGCAGAUGGUUUGCAGGACCUGAGAUAUCUUGUUUUGUCUAGUAGAGUUGAUUCUGACGGUGAUGGAAUGUCCCCUCAUCGCAUUUACCUUUGGCUUGCCCUUCUAAACGUUGCACCGCUUCCGACGGACGAAUACCUCUCGCUUGUACAUCGAGGACGCUCUCCAGCAUAUACAAAAAUCCGCAAUGAUACUUUCCGCACUUUAGCUACAGAUCCCCUUUUCAAGCGCCGUGUCACGGAGGCGAGUUUGAUUCGCUUGCUCAAUGCUGUUGCUUGGAAAAUCCACGACUCAAAAGAAACAACCGCGAAACUCCCUCUCUUAUCCCAACAAGCAUGUCGUCCGGGCGAUCCUUCACCAGAGCCCUCGCCGUCUACAACAGAUGGUUUCUCUUCCGCACCUUGUAAUACCCCUUCUACAACCUCGCACACAGCUUCUGAGCCCGCGAUCUACGUGCAGGGAAUGAACGUUCUUUGUGCUCCAUUUUUAUACGCUUCCAGGAGCGAAGUAGAGGCGUUUGCUCUUUUUCAUUAUUUCAUUAUCCGAGAAUGUCCUGGCUAUGUCAGAGGUACCAUGGACGGGGUACACAAGGGACUUAAGCUGGUGGAUAGAUGUCUGGAAGUUGUUGAGCCCAAACUGGCAAACCACCUAUUUAGUAGGGGAAUGUACGCUGAAUUAUAUGCAUUCCCGUCUGUUCUCACGCUAUGCGCCUGCACCCCGCCUCUACCUGAGGUUCUCCACCUCUGGGAUUUCCUUUUCGCAUAUGGACCGCAUUUGAAUAUCCUGUGCAUUGUUGCUCAGUUGAUCAGGCUACGGGAUACGAUUUUGGCAAGUCCCAGUCCAAAUAAAAUUCUACGGUCUCUUCCGGCACUUGAUGCCAAAGAAAUCAUCGCCCUUACUGUCUUAAUCGUACGAAAGAUUCCUGACAAUCUGUACGAGGAACUUGUUACUCAUGCUCAAUGAACUUCCUCAAUGAUUAGAAGUGUUUUUCUUUCAGAUUGUUUCCCUCAUUUUUCGUUCUUCCAAUCUCUGCUAGCAGUUUUUCGAUUUCGCUCAAAGGCAGUUCUGUUGAUAUCUUAUCGAAUUAUCCUUGGUCCCCAUUCUUCGCCAUCCGUACCACCCAAUGCCUCAUCAUUGCUUAUUUGAUCAUUAUCUCGAUUUCUUUACUCCAUAUGUUUUCAGCAUUUUGCACUGUUAUUUUUCGCCUGGUUUCAUAUGAGUGCCGAGGAAAUAGGAGCCUGGAUGGCUCGAUAAAGAGAAAAGUUGUUUUUUAUAUUUUUAUUUUUUAUUGGAUGAAGGAAAGAUGGACAUAUCUGUAUAUUAGACUCUAUCGCGUUGUUGAUAAUGAUUACGAAAAUAUGACGAGGAGUAUGGGCUGUGUUAAUUACCUGUCAAUAUCGGUUUCUUUCCCCGAG